CCGACUGGUGCCGAUCGAUUCCGAUCGAAGUAACCUGGUUUAUUUUUUUUUGAAACUUAAUACAAUGAAACGGGAAUUUGAGUAUCUUUUCUCUCUCUUCAACGUGAAAUGAACAAACACGAAGAUAAUUCAUUUUCGGAUAAGUUCCCUAGAGAAAAGGAGGAGGAUAAUAUCACUCCUGAUGUGUUGGAUGAUGAGGAGAAACACUUAGAGUCCUUGGAUGAUGAAUCUUAUGACCCUCCUACCGAGGAAGAAGAAAAAACCUUACGUAGAGUCUCGGCUCCUAUCCCAUGGAGUUGUUGGAUUAUUGCUGUAGUGGAACUUUGUGAAAGAUUCGCUUACUACGGUUUGACUGGCCCAUUUCAAAACUAUAUGCAACAUGGAAGAGAUGAUCAUAUUAGGGGUGCCUUGGCUCUCGGACAAAAUGGUGCAAAUGCCCUUUCCUACUUCCUUCAAUUUUGGUGUUAUGUGACUCCAAUUUUUGGAGCUUGGGUUUCCGAUACUUUCUGGGGUAAAUACAAAACCAUUUUUGUCUUUGCUGUCAUUUAUAUGGUAGGUAUUUUGAUUUUAUUCCUUACUUCACUUCCAGUUUCCAUCAGACAUGGGGCCGCAGAAGGAGGGUUUAUUGUUGGUAUUAUCGUCAUUGGUCUAGGAACUGGUGGUGUGAAGUCGAAUGUCUCUCCAUUGAUUGCUGACCAAAUUCCACAUCGUCCACCUCGUGUUGUUGCUUUAAAGACUGGGGAAAGGGUUAUUGUUGAUCCAGCAAUUACCAUCCAAACAGUAUUCAUGGUUUUCUACAUGUGUAUCAACGUUGGUUCUCUUUCUGCUAUUGCAACCACUGAAUUAGAAAAGAAUGUUGACUUUUGGGCUGCCUUCUUAUUACCAUUAUGUUUCUUUGUCUUGGCUAUUGUCUCGCUUAUUGCUGGUAAAAACAUGUAUGUUAAGAAACCACCUUCUAAGUCAGUCAUUAACAACAGUUUCAAGAUUGCAUUCAUUGCUAUUAUUAACAAAUUCUCCAUUGAUGCUGCUAAACCAUCGUUGAAACCAGAAGCCAACUACCCAUGGACAGAUUUAUUCGUGGAAGAAGUCAGAAGAGCUGUUAUGGCCUGUAAAGUUUUCUGCUUCUAUCCAAUCUAUUGGCUUGUUUAUGGUCAAAUGUUAAACAAUUUUGUUUCUCAAGCAGGUCAAAUGGAAACUCAUGGAUUACCAAACGAUAUCAUGCAAAAUAUUGAUCCAAUUGCAGUAAUUCUUUUCAUCCCAGUUGCUGAAAGAUUGAUCUAUCCAACUUUACGUAGGUUUGGAAUUUCCUUCAAGCCAAUCACUAGAAUCACUUGGGGAUUCUUUUUUGUUGCUUUAGCCAUGGCAUACGCUGCCAUUGUGCAACACAUUAUCUAUAGUGCUGGUCCUUGUUAUGACCAUCCCCUUGCAUGUAGUCCUGAAUUUGCCGAUACUCCAAACAGAGUACAUGUCGCCAUUCAAACUCCAGCUUACUGUUUCAUUGCAAUCUCUGAAAUUUUAGCAUCCAUUACCGGUUUGGAAUAUGCUUACACCAAGGCUCCUGCAUCAAUGAAAUCAUUCAUUAUGUCUUUAUUCUUAGUUACAAAUGCCUUCGGUGCCGCCAUCGGUAUUGCUUUAUCCCCAACUUCUAAAGAUCCAAAGUUGGUAUGGACUUAUACCGGUUUAUGCUGUGCUACCGUGGUUGCAGGUACAUUCUUUUGGUUCUGUUACAAGCACUACAACAAGAAUGAAGAUGAAUUAAACAAUCUUGAAAACAACUUCCGUGAUGACGAAGUCUUGCUGCCUAUCACAUCCAAGGCAAUUGAGUAAAAUAAUUUAUUCCAAACCUACGCAUACCUACAUAUAUACUUAGACACAAAAAUAUUUCUCUAUGAUCUAG